AUGCAUCUCUCGAGCUGGAGCUCGACCAUGGCGAGCCUGCUCGGUCUACUAGCGCUGCAGGUACAGUCGGUUUCCGCACAGUCUUCAAACGACGAAGACAUCAAGACCGUUCCCCUGCGCACACACAGCUUGUACCAGCCGUACCUGGACUCGGAACUCCAGAGUCGGUGGUUUGAUUGGGGUGGGGACACAAUCAUUCGCGCGGACCAGUAUAUUCGCUUGACGUCAGACAGACAGGCACAGUCCGGGUGGCUGUGGUCGCGCCUUCCCUUGACAGCUACAAACUGGGAGAUUGAGUUUGAAUUCAAGAUCCACGGAGCCGGGAACCUCUAUGGCGAUGGAAUGGCCAUGUGGAUAACCAAGCAGCGCGCCCAGACUGGCCCGGUAUUUGGCUCAGUUGACAAAUUUGAAGGAUUGGGUAUCUUUUUUGAUACCUACAAGAACAACCGCCCUGGAAUCAUUUUCCCAUACGUCAUGGCAAUGCUUGGUGACGGCGAAACUUCGUAUAACCAUGAAAACGACGGCAAGGAUAACGAAUUGGCUGGAUGCUCAGCUAGGGGUCUGCGCGGUGCGGUCAUUCCCACGAAGGGGAAGCUUACAUAUUUCCAGGAGAACUACCUCCAGCUUGAAUUGCAGUACAAGAAUGAGGACCAAUGGGUUACUUGCUUCAACGUCCACAAUGUCACUCUGCCGCAGAUCGCAUAUCUUGGAUUCACAGCACACUGCGGAGAGCUUAGUGAUAACCACGACAUCAUUACCAUUUCGUCCAAGAACCUCUACUCGAUCAACCCCAACCGUCCCGAUUCCAACUCACAAACGACCAGGCCCAACAAGAUUACCGAGAAGCCGGCCACAGAGUCUGGGGGAUGGGGCUGGUUCUUCCUUAAGUUUGUUGUCUUUAUCGUCGUCCUGAUUGGAGGAUACGUUGGAUACACUGCCUACAGGGCACAAAAGAGAAGCUCCCGCUUUUAA